UUGAAUUCCUCGAUGCAAAUGCCCCCUUCAACCUUCGCCCUUCCCCAAACUUCAGUGCCCACAGGCACACUAGCUCUCGCAGAGAUCUCCGAAGAAGGAAGCGAUUUCGAAGAAAAAGGUAAGCUAAAUGGAAAAACUGGAGGAGAUUAGUAGCUCAAAGAUGUUCGGCGGCUAUAAUCGGCGCUUUAGGCAUUUUAGUCCAACCCUCGGCUGCUCGAUGACCUUCUCCAUAUACUUCCCCCCUUCUUCCCCAUCUCAGAAGAUCCCUGUUCUUUAUUGGCUAUCUGGUCUUACAUGUAAUGAUGAGAAUUUCAUUAUGAAAUCUGGAGCUCAGCGAGCAGCUUCUUCUGAAGAGGUUGCUUUGGUUGCGCCUGAUACUUCUCCAAGGGGACUAAACAUUGAUGGAGAGGCAGACAGCUGGGACUUCGGUGUUGGUGCCGGAUUUUAUCUAAAUGCAACAGAGGAGAAGUGGAAGAACUGGCGCAUGUAUGAUUAUAUUGUCAAGGAAUUGCCAAAACUUCUUGAUGAAAAUUUCGAACAGCUUGACACUUCAAAAGCCUCCAUAUUUGGGCAUUCAAUGGGUGGGCAUGGAGCCCUAACAAUUUUCCUGAAAAACCUUGACAAAUAUAAGUCAGCUUCUGCCUUUUCGCCUAUUGUGAAUCCAAUAAAUUGCCCUUGGGGUCAAAAGGCUUUCUUAAACUAUCUUGGUGGCGACAAGUCAGAUUGGGAGGUAUAUGAUGCCACUUGCUUGGUUGCUAAGUACAAUAAAUUUUCUACUCCCAUCCUGAUCGACCAGGCUCAAGUUUUCAUGGUGUUCACCGCAAAUGGGCUCUUAGGGUUCCUGAAUGAUAGCUUUCUUUGUCCAUCGCAAUUUGUCGAUCCCAUCACUGAUUCCCAGGUUUGCAAUUCGCAAUAUUCCUUAUGGAUUUUGAUUGAUCAAAAUCUUAGUGUAACACUUUAUUCAAUCAUCUCUACACCAAGACUUAUGUGCUACACCUUUUUACUAACAAGGAGAUCUGGUAUACUAUUACUAAAAUAUUGCAACCAACCAACUGCUAAAACUUUUGUAGACAACAUUGUUGUUGCAUGGGGAAAGCUAGAUACUGAGGACAUCAUCCUAUAUACGCUCAAUGGACUUCCGGCUACAUACAAAGCUUCAAGAAGGCAAUUCCGGAGUCAACUCCAUCCCAUUGAUCUUGAUGAUUUCUACUCCCUCCUAUGCAGUGAGGAGAUCAACAGUGCAAGUGACAAUCAGAGAUCCCAUCCCUAUCCUCAACCACACCUUGCACUUGCGGCCACAAGAGUUCCUUUGGUGGUUUUUGUUUCGUGGUUGAGGCCGAGGUACAACCUCAAACUGUACCAAAGGAGGCCGAAACACACAAAGUUCAUCAGUAACAUGCCAGAUUUACAACAAAUUCAGUCACUCUGUGGCUUCAUGUUGGCAUCGGUCGAACUUUGA